CCUCAGCACCGAGAUUAAACUAUCAACCUCGGUUCUAUCUAGUAUAUUAUACCGCACUUCUAUGAUUUGUAAGAAUGAAAUAGAAAACUGCAUUUGGAUCUCUUAGUCCCAGAUAUAGAAUUGAGGUUGCAGUGCGUACCUCGAAGGAGACACUGCUCUCUCAUUGUCGGCAUGAUCAAAUGCGAGUCAUGCAGUUGAAUGAUGCUUAAAAGAUUUUCCCACUCCAUCAUCAACUUGGGUGCUCAUGACUUGACAGCUUGAAUGAACAGGAACAGGAAAGGGACUCACCCUGCAAAAACCAUGGAUUUAGCACAUUCCUAAUGCCCUGUGCCGUUCACUGUUGUAGACUUGAGUUUGGUGCCAUGUCUUCCAUUGCAAAGUUAUUUGAAUCGUGCUUUGCUCCUGUCAGUGAUGAUGAGCGUACAAUAAAAUAUGUUCUCGGAACUUGUAAAUUCAAACACGGUGAAGAUGCAGUUUAUAGACUUGCCAAAUUAUGCCAGCGACAGCAUGCUUGCCAACUGAACAAAACAAACGGGUAUUCCCACCUUGAAGAAUUGGAUGAACUCUUCAGGCCAAAGUUGCCCCCACAGCACUUUGGGGAACAGACAUUUAACCAGUGGAAGGUUCUCAUUGACCUUAAUUUCAAAUGGCGUAGGUUGAAACAAAGGAAAUUUUACUUGGUGCUACUGGGUGAUAUGCCAGACUUUGUAACGAGUUUUCGCACAAGAUCAGGUCUUUGUUUUCUGGGUGUUCUGCGGGAAUUCAUGGCCAAAUUCUUCUGUGGCAUGGAGGUUGAGAUUCUGCCACCAAUGUUUGAUGUUUUCAAUCAUUGGGACAUCAUGACGAGGUACCACAAAGUCACUGGUCAGAAGCAGUACUUAGUAACCGACAUAGCGGAAAGGUUAUCAAAAUAUCUACCAAAAGAUGCAACCAGUAUUCUCGGGGUGUCGUGGACUGAUCUCUUUCCAUCUGAAGAUUUGAAUUUUGUGCUUGGAGAGGCUUACUUCCGAUACAAUACAGCUGUGUUCUGUUUUGGUCGAUUUGAGCCCAAGCUGUACAGGAAUGGUGUCCCCCCUCCUCCUAUCGAACACAUCAAUGGCUUUCUACUCUACAAAAUGAUCAGGAUUGUGCUUCAUGAAGUGUGUCACCUCAUCGGUCUGCAUCAUUGUGUCUACUUUGACUGUGCCAUGAAUGAGAGUAACUCCCUCGACAUGGCCCUGGCUCAGCCGCUCUUCCCAUGUCCAAUAUGCCUGAGAAAGAUCCAGUAUGUGUGUAGGUUUCGUCUGCAGGACUUCUACUCUGGGAUGCUGAAUAUGUGCCAAGAGUUGGAGGCUGAGUUCCCAUCAGAGUACAUGGAGAGAGCAAUCAUGUGGUUACAGAGAUGUAUAGAUGUCAUUCAUCUUGAUCGGUACUGAGAUCGCGACUGUGCUUGACAAACGAGACACUUAAAUUGAACUGUUAAAGGUACUAUUGCUUUGCUACAUGUAGCUAGUGUUUGUCAAUUUUGCAUAUGAUAUUUUAUAAUUUAUUUUCAUUUCAUGCGGUGCUUCUGCUAACUUAAGACACAUGCACACGAUAGAUAGAAUAGAAGGGGGUUAAUGCAGUUUACAUGCAGCCCCAGGUACAUUGAACAUUUAGUGCCAUACCCAAGUCUCACAUUCUUCUUUGCCAGCCAGAGAGUGAAUAAUGCCUUAAGUAAUGAAGGCCUUUGUGAAUGUGCAAUAUCAGAAAUUAAAGCUGCUUUGUGGAAUCAAUAGAUAGGCAAAUGGCUUAAAUUGAUGAAUGACAAUUUUACACUUAAGUGUAUUCUGCUGUAAUGAGUUUGAUACAAUAGCAUGUAAGCUUUUUGCUUUGAUUUUCUGUAGGAAUUGAUGUGAAUUAAUGCAUGUCCUCACGAUAAAAGAAAACUCAGGAGUGGCUGGACAAUUCACUGCCAUUUCCCAAAAAGGUCCUCAUCCUCAUUGAUUGAUGAGAUAAAGGGGCUUUUACCCUCAGAGGAAACGUGGCAGUAAAUACUUCAGCCAGGCUGAAAUCUCAUCUACAUUAUGAUGGAUUUGGUCACAAUAUGUUUUGAUUUUUCUGUUUCAUGUCUUAUGCACGACUGGUCUCUCUGUUUUUCCUGGGUGAUACCCACAGUCUCUUUCAUUGAUGUACUAGGAUGUUGUUUUGAAGGAUUAUCUGUUAAAUAAGAGUUCUUUGAGGAGAAACAUGUUGGAAGGAAUAUCAAUUGUUGCUGUGAAGGUUCAGAGUGUUGGUGCCGGGGAGGAAGCUCAAUGGAGGCUAUUUUGUAAGUCAUAAAUGGAUAUAAAGUUAGGGCAAGUUGAGCUAUUAUAAUAACAAGCUCUCCUGUUCUGUUUAGACAAUUCCUUCCUCUCAUUUCAUCCCGUGUUAUGGCCCCAUCACCAGUAGCUCAAUCUUUUAUCGAUCAAAUUGAGCAUGAAAACAAAGCCUGUUCGAUUUUUUGGUCAAGAUUAGAAACUCACACUAUUGGAAAAAGUAGACCUGAUACAUGUCGACCAUUCUGUCAUGCUCUCUUGUUGUAAUUUCAUUUUUCAUUAAUGUCUUGUGACUGUUCAGUCCAGUUGUUUGGAUAUCUUUACACUGAUUACAAUGAGUCUUCUUAUGUAAGACAGUUCUUGAUGGACUAUUCAAGGUUAUUUUAUGAAAGAAAUAAAUUAU